UGUGAGCGGUGGCAGCGGCGGCGGAUCGGCCAUGCGGUGGCCCCGCGGCCCCCGCGGCGCCUGGCGGCUGCUGCCCCGGCGCUCGCUGCUGGCCGCGCUUUUCCUCUUCUCGCUUUCCUCCUCCUUUCUCUACUUCGUCUAUGUGGCGCCGGGCAUCGUGAACACCUACCUCUUCAUGAUGCAAGCCCAAGGCAUCAUGAUCCGUGAAAACAUGCGAACAAUAGGAGCUCAGGUGUACGAGCAGGUGGUCCGCAGUGCCUAUGCCAAGAGGAACAGCAGCUUGAAUGACUCAGAUUAUCCUUUUGAUCUGAACCACAAUGAUACCUUUCUGCAAGCCACAACGUUUCUUCCUGAAGACUUUACCUACUUCCCCAACCACACCUGUCCCGAAAGGCUCCCUUCUAUGAAGGGCCCCAUCGAUGUAAAUAUGAGUGAGAUCACAAUGGAGGAUAUCCACCAGUUCUUCUCAAAAGACCCUUCCAUCAAGCUGGGAGGCCACUGGAAGCCAAGCGACUGCCUGCCUCGCUGGAAGGUGGCGAUCUUGAUCCCAUUCCGCAAUCGAUACGAGCAUCUUCCCGUCCUCUUCAGACACCUUAUUCCCAUGCUGCAGCGUCAACGUUUACAGUUUGCCUUCUACGUUGUGGAACAAGCUGGAAACCAACCCUUCAACCGUGCCAUGCUCUUCAAUGUUGGCUUUCGGGAAGCAAUGAAGGACUUGGACUGGGACUGUCUCAUCUUUCACGAUGUGGACCACAUACCGGAAAACGACCGUAACUAUUACGGGUGCGGGCAGAUGCCGAGGCACUUCGCAGCCAAGCUGGAUAAGUACAUGUAUCUGCUUCCUUACAACGAGUUCUUUGGGGGAGUGAGUGGCCUGACUGUUGAGCAGUUUCAGAAGAUCAAUGGUUUUCCUAACGCCUUCUGGGGUUGGGGCGGUGAAGACGAUGACCUCUGGAACAGGGUGCAGUACGCAGGCUUCUCAGUGACUCGACCAGAAGGAGACACAGGGAAAUACAAAUCAAUUCCUCACCAUCAUCGGGGAGAAGUGCAGUUCCUAGGAAGGUACGCCUUGCUGAGGAAGUCAAAAGAAAGGCAAGCCCUGGACGGCCUCAAUAACUUGAACUACUUUCCAAACGUCACCUAUGACGCCUUGUAUAAGAACAUCACUGUUAACCUGACACCGGAGCUGGCUCUGGUGGCCGAAUAUUAAGUGGAGAAAAUAACUUUGCUCUGCCCUUCACCAAGAAAGCACCACGCUAGACUUUCUUUCCCAAGGGUUAUCGAGGACAAGCUACACUUUGUCUAAUGAAGGAUCACAGUAUUUUGGAGAAUAAGGCUGAAAGUGCACGCACAAAUUGCCCUAGCUGUACCAAUCCAGCCCGACGCUCCUGCGGCGAGCUCAGCAGUCUCUUUCUGUUCUCUGCCACUUGCUUUCUGGGUUCCGGGACGACAGUUCAACCUGCUGCUCUCAUCUCCACAUUCCUCCUCCAGCAGUCUCCGGCACUGGGACUCGCCUCGGGUGCGCUCUCUCCUCCGGGAAGCAGCUCAGCUGGGAUACUCUGGCUUCUCGGUGGUGAUCGUCGGGAGCCGUUCAUUCGGCAGCUGCCCUGGGGGGAGAGGAAACGACUUCUGACGCCGUUCUUCUACGUCUGUGUGGGUUUUUUAAUGACCGCUUGAAGUCUAUCCAACAGAAUCGCUUCUUAAAGAAGUGUAAGUGUAAAUAGGCUGUGUAAAGUGCCCCUUUUUAUUUUCCUCCUACGGCUCAAAUCCAAGCUAGAGGUUUACAUACGGUCACUCAUUUUAGUCCUGAAUUCUGUAAACACUUGUGUGUGUGCAUCACUGUACUUGUGCAAGGUGUUCCCUUUUAAGCCAGUGAGACUGCUUGCAUGAUAUAGCUGUGCAUAUGCAGAAAUGUUUGUGGGACAGGGCCCUGAGCUUUCCGGUGUAGCAGAUGAGCAAUACAGCUGUGUCAUUGUUCAUUCCAGAAACCACAGGGGUGGCUUUAUCCCGGGAGACUGAGGAAAUGGGAGUUUUUUCAGGAAUAUUCCUCUUUCUGUCAUGAUGUGCAAAUGAAUCCAAAAGUCCCAGGGAAUAAAACUCCUUGCCUGUUUCUGUCUGCCCAACUGAUGGCAAGCGUGAGCACGGCAGCUUGCUAAAGAGCUUGCACCCGUGCUCCUGCUCGAGUCACAGCCCCGGGAUGGCUGCUCCUGCCCACAUACUGCCCUUUGGAAGGGACAGCAGGCCCCACCAAAGCCACCUGGGACCAGCCAUGCCCUGCUGUCACCCCUGUAAUGCGACAGUAUGGUGUAGGAGUUGAUUUUUAGUUUGUGUUGAGGGUGUAAGUCUAGCAGCGUGCUGAAGUGCUGUGGGAACCAGACACUGCACUUGGUUAUCUCUGUUGGCACCUGGCAGUGCUUUCAUGGGCACAGCUGCUAGGGCAGUCUGUUGUAGGUCAGUAAAUGAGGGACAUGAAGGACAGGUGGACCAAGCCCAUGAAAGCGUGAGGACUGGGAACCAGAGAGCUUGGUCCAACACUCUCUUCAGCCAUCCAUGCUGGAAUGUCUGCUCCCUUCUCCCAGCUGCCAUCCCCUAUUUCCCACAGCCCCUGUGGGCAGGCUGGGCUCCAGGCUCUGCUCCCAUGGACACUCAAUCCAGUCGUGACACAGCACCAACCCAGGCACUUUUACUGGACCUCUCUGACUUAAAAGUAAAUACAUUGGGGUUUGCUCUUUAGUUUGUAUUUAUACAUAACAACUGUGGGUACUUAACCCCCAGAGUACUUUAACUUUCUUUUUAUUGCAUUGUUUGCCUUUGGUUUCCUUAACUUCUCAUGGUUUACAUUGUUCUCGGUUCCAUGGACGUAUGAUCCCCAUAAGCAUCUGUUGUGGGUGUGACUGCCCAGGGCAUUCCUAACCUGUAUCCAGAAAAUGUUAGUUUAUAAAACACGAGUUCUUGUGGAUCUUAUCAGCUGGUAUGAGAGGACAGCAAGCCUGCCCUUGAAAAGUGCUGAUAGCUUUGUCACUUAGGUUUAAAGUCUUUGAACUUACAUGUGCUUUAAAUUUGCUUCCCAAGGGGAUUCAACCUGGUUAUUUAUAGGCAGAGGUGAGGAUUUGCUUUUUACAGCACAUAUAGCAAUAAAGACUUUUUGCUUCUGAAUCUUGAUCUCUAAUUCACGUGGACCCUUUUCAGAUGCUGAACCCACGUUUGUCCUGCCCCUUUCUUCUUUCAUCUUGAGACCUUGCUAGAAAUCUGUCUUUGCUUAAUGGUGCUUCAAAUAAGGAAUGUAUUUCUACUAGUCCAAGUUCACUACCCCUGGAGUCAUGCAUGUGUGUGUGUGAGUAGGUUUUAAACUAACUUAGUCGGGAUCCUCAGCCUUCGAUGUGUACCUGACACCCAUCGCACCUUGUGUUGAACAAAAAGCCGUUACCUCUGCUCAGAAAUGCACUCUACGGUUGGCACAAAAGGGUCCACCCCCCCUCAGCAGCAUCCCUCUUCAUAGCUCCUUUGUUCUAAUCAUGUUGAAUUUUUUUUUUUUUUUUUUAAAUUUUGGGGUUUUUUUUUUUCCCUUUUUGAGAUGUGGAAUAUCUGAAAAUGUGCACUGUUAAUCUUAUCAGCUAUGUCAAAUACUGUAUAGUAAAUGUAACUGUUAAAAACAUACUGUCAAGCGCAUGUGCUGUUAUGGUGUAAAAUUUCUCGUGUUAAGGAGAACUUGUACAUAUUUUGGCAGCUGAAGUUCAACAAGGCCACUCGUUUUGCCCCUUUGGUGUCGACACUGUCGGUCAGCCCUGCUGGAGGGCGGGUCCUCUUCCAUGCUGAUUUCUUUUUUGUUUUUAAAUGAACCAUGUGGGUUUUAUUUGCAAAACUAUUUAUUGACAGUCGAUUACCUAUAAAGCUCUGCUUCUCUAAGGGAGGUACCAUCUGAGCAACAGCCACGUGCUCCGAGUCACUCAUCAUCAGAAGUGGCUUGAAACUCUAAAGUAGCUUUCCAUCAUCAUGGCUUGUGAGCUUACUGUUAUGUUUUUAAGAGGUGCCAGGGGGACGUUUUUGCACUGAAGACUAGUGUUUUAAAACACACACACACUUCUCAGCAAAGCAAUCCUUUGUGUCAUUACAUUUAUUUACCCAUGUGUUUGUACAUUUUUGUAUUUGUUAAUUUAUGAAUGAUUUUUUCAGUAAAAAAUACAUAUUCAAGAA